CUCUCGCGAUAGUAGCUUGCUUAUGCAGCCGCCAUAUUCUGUGACAGUAUUUUGAUUCGUAUCUGCUGGAAGUGAGGAAAAAGAGAAAAGUGAAGGGCUGUCGAGGGGAGGGGGGGGCUGAAGAAGAGGAGCUGUCAAAAAGGUAUUCCCGAGUCCCUGUCAAACGGCGGAAGGCUGAGGCUCGGUAUCCCUCCCCUAACGCUACUUCGAGGACACACAAGGCCCGGGGCCUCGGUGCAGUUGGCUCUUCGUCUCCCUGGUAGUAGCUGGACCCUUCUCGGCUUCUCCUCUCCGAGCUCCGCGGCCCUCUGGAGGUCCGGCGGCGGUCUCGGGUGUUGAAGGCGGCCCGGGGAGCGGCGGCGGUGGCAGCGGAGACGGAAAGGUAAGUUCCAAAGAUGUUCAAGAUGAAGGCGGUUUGCUGCCACGACUGACGCCCCAGUGCGCUGAACAGAACAAGCAGUCCUGACCUGGCAACAUACGAAUGGCCCAGGGAAGCCACCAGAUUGACAUUCAGGUUUUGCAUGACCUGCGCCAGAAGUUCCCUGAAGUACCAGAGGGUGUUGUCUCCCAGUGUGUUCUGCAGAACAACAAUAAUUUAGACGCCUGCUGUGAAUACUUGUCCCAGGUCAGUCCGGGCUACCUGUACAGUGAAGAAGGAAACCUCAGCUUUUCUGACGACCCCACCUUCCCCAGGCUCCGUAAUCACAUGACCCAGCUGAACCUGGGCCUGCAAUCUCAGAAUGUGCACGUGGCCCCGGUUCGGGACGGCCUGAGAAUGAACGGCAGCCGGACUCUGGCCCACAGCCUGAGUGACGGGCCCCUCCAGACAGGCCAGGCCCCCAACAGUGACUUCUUUCAGCAGGAUCCCCAGUCAGCCCCAGUGCAGGUGCCCUCCAGCCUCAAUGUAUUUGGUGUGAUGGAGCCCACACGCAAACCGCAGCCUCCACAGCACCUUGGACUCUACCCUCUGGGUGUCAAAGGAACGAGUAUGGGUACCCAGCAGACACCGCGCUUUAACCCCAUUACCGUGACGCUAGCCCCCAAUACAGGCCGCAACACCCCCACUUCUUUGCACAUACAUGGCGGACCACAGUCGGGCCUCAGCAGUCCACAGGGUAACUCUAUCUACAUCAGGCCCUAUGUUAGCCAGUCUGGUACGACCCGGCAGAACCAGCAGCCGGGAGGCAGGGCCCAGUACAGCCCCACUUCCCAGACCCCGCAGCAGAUCUACCAGAUCUCACACCCUUCCUCCCUGUCCGGCUCCUGGUCCGGCCCUCAGCACGCCUCCUCACAUACCUCACAGCACCAGACCCAGGGCCACCAGACCUCGCACGUCUAUAUGCCAAUCAGCUCUCCAACAAAUCCCCAGGCGCCCUCCAUUCUUCCCUCUGGUGUCUCCUCGUGCUCUUCUUCCUCUUCCUCCUCCUCUGUCAUGCCCACCUCCCUGUCUACCAUCAGUCAGUACAACAUCCAGAACAUCUCCACUGGCCCACGGAAGAAUCAGAUAGAGAUCAAACUUGAAUCUCCUCAGAGGAGCAACUCCACAACCACAACAGCCGUGCUGCGGACAAGCAGCGGGCCGCGGUCCUCCUCCACCUCCUCCUCCUGCCCAUCCUCUUCCUCCUCUUCAACCGGGGUGGCUACUGUCCCCACCACCCCUCUCUCUAUCGGAGGCCCAGGUCUGAGCCGCAGCCAGCCCACUGUUUACAUCUCUGCCAGCCCGCCUACUGCUGCUUCCACUCCCUCUGAGGAGGCCGUCGUGGCCUCAGCCGGCUCCCGCUCCCAACCCAAGUUUUACAUUUCUGCCAAUGCCUCCAGCGACGACAGUGGGGGAAGGAACCCUCCCACAGUCUACAUCUCAGCCAACCCUCCCUUGCAGGGGCCCUCGGGGGCCAGGAACAUGGGGGGCCAAGUAAGCAUGGGCCCUGCCUACAUCCACCACCAUCCUCCUAAGUCCCGUGCCUCUGUGGGAGGGGGAGGCACAGCUUCUUCCCCACGCGUGGUGGUGACUCAGCCCAACACCAAAUACACUUUUAAAAUCACGGUGUCACCCAAUAAGCCCCCAGCUGUGUCCCCCGGAGUCGUGUCCCCUACUUUUGAGCCCAACAACCUUCUCAGCCUACCCUCAGACCACCACUUUGUGGAGCCAGACCCCCUCCAUCUCUCAGACCCACUGUCGCCGCACAGAGAGAGGCCGAGCGAGCCUCGCAGACUCAGCAUGGGCUCUGAUGAUGCAGCGUACACACAAGCGUUGUUGGUCCAUCAGAAGGCCCGCAUGGAGAGACUGUGGCACGAGCUGGAGCUGAAGAAGAAGAAGCUGGAGAAGCUAAAAGAGGAGGUCAACGAGAUGGAGAACGACCUGACCAGGAGACGGCUGGAGAGAUCAAACUCGGCCUCCCAAAUUCCUUCUAUUGAGGAAAUGAAGCAGUUGCGAUGCAAAAACAGGUUACUGCAGAUUGACAUCGACUGUCUCACCAAAGAAAUCGAUCUCCUUCAAACAAGAGGACCAGACUUUAAUCCCAGUGCAAUCCAUAAUUUUUAUGAUAACAUUGGAUUCCUUGGUCCUGUCCCACCCAAACCCAAAGGUACUUUAUCUAUUGGGCCAGACAGGAGAGGAUGUAGAUAUAAUGUGACCUCUAAACUCAUGAUGGAGCCCUCCUCUGGUCCUUCCCCUCCUCUUCCACUUGACUCGGGCAGUAAGGUUGUGAAGCCCAACGCAGACCAGGAGGAGGACGAGGGGAAGCAGUGGAGCUGCAACGCCUGCACCUUCCUCAACCAUCCCGCCCUCAACCGCUGUGAACAGUGCGAGUUCCCGCGGCACUUCUGAGCCAACGAGGCUGCGACGCACCGCCCCCCAUCCCCUCUCCUACGCCCACCUGCCUUGACUAGAAUAGAAAAGUGCCCGCUCUGUUUCUCCCCCCCAGUUGUAUGAAAACUGAGACAGGUCGUAGUCAUCGUGCAUCACGCGGCCUGAUUUCCUUGAUUUUUCUUUUUUUUUUCUUUCCUCCUCUCUAAGGUUUGUAGAAUGCUGUCCACUGAAGGCUCGACUGGAUAGUGUUUACAGCUUGUGUUUUUUUCAUAAAGGCUGGCAGAGUCGGAUGAUACCUCACCUUAGAGACUUGGAUCGCGUGGGGUCACCUCCCCCCUCCCUUUUCUGCUCGACGGGUGACACUUUAACCCCCGGGGGAUACCUCGCUGCUCCCACUUACAGUAUUACGAGUGU